GGCAGACACCGCGACCGGCUCCCACCCGCGGAGCACCGCGACCCCCGCGGGCUGGGGACGGGCGGUUCGGCGCCAAGCAGAAGAAGCCUGACAGGAGGAUACAGUGGUCGCAUCUUCAGAUCAUCAGGACAGAAAAUAUCAUAAAACUCUUUUGCUGAAGAGCUUGGCAAAAUGGUUUUGUUUGCUGCACAACCGAUAAACCACUCUUAAGAAAAGUACAGUAUCAAAAUGUUUGGAAGAACAGCCAAAUCUUGGUUUUAUAACUGUGCAAAAUCUACCAAAAGAGAAAAUGAAAACAGGAGUAAGUGGCUUUCUGAAAUCCCAAGCAAUCAGAGAGAGAAAAUACUGGAAGAGCUGGAUGUGAACAAAGUGCUGUCAUAUUUGGUUUACAAGAGAGUCUUUUCCUUGGAGGAAUACAAAGACAUUUGGUCCCAGGAGAGCUACAGGAAGAGAACUGAAUAUUUUUUAGAUAAACUCUCUCUAAAAGGCCCAGGUGCUUUCUCUGCCUUUUGUUCCAUUUUGGAGGAGGUCAGUCCUAACUUGCUGACAUGCUUUCUCCUUGGCUAUGAAGACUACAUGAAUUUCCCAGUGUUAUCAGAGCAAACAAAACUGAGCGCUGUUGCAGGGAUGGAGCUUCAUGAAACCUGUCAGAUGAGCGACCAAGAAGGAAGCCUUUCUGCUGAGGAACAACUGAAUCAAUCGUUCAACAAAUACAGGUUAAAAUUAUCACUGUCAUGAUGUCUUUUAUGAUCCCAGUAUUUCUCGUGAUUUAGUUCUAUGUAAGUGAAGUACAUCACUGAUGCUUUCAAAAAGUGUUUCAUUUGCAUCUGAUUUGACUUGGCAUUUGUAAACUACAAUUCUACUUUUAUAACAAACAUUUUUGAUGUUGAUUUUUGGAUGCUGAUUUAUGUUGGGGGUCACCUCUGGUCUUUACUACAGAUACUCAUUAGUGAUGUAAUGCAUUGAUGACACUGCUAGUUUUCAGUGUUCAAGUACAUACCAUAAGUACAUUUUCCUUCUAAAUUUUCUAGGAGUGUGAGAGACAACCUAAGUUAAUAUCACAGUUACUGUUAUUGUCAUUUAUUUUAAGAGGAAUAGAAACAGAGGAAGACCUAUAUAAGAACAGCAUGUAACCUGAUACAUUCUGGGAUACUGG